AUGGUAUAUGGUAUCUCUAAUAUUAAUCUGAUAUAUCCUGGUGAUAUAUUCUCUUACAUUAAUCUGGUAUAUCCUGGUGACCUAUAUCUCUUACAUAUUUCUGAUAUAUCCCAAUGGUAUAUGAUAUCUCUAAUAUUAAUCUGGGUAUAUUUUGUUCUUUUUAGAAUUGUUAUGUUAAUGCCAAGAUAUUUGUAUUUGAAACUUGGUGAUCAAAUCCAUCAUGCGUCCACAACACAGUUACCAAUCCUUGAACCAUUGACCACCAUGUUAAUGACAGACAGUUGGCAACCAUCAGUUCUUCAGCUGACGCCGUUUGGAAGCAACGACGCAAGUAGUCAAAAUGAUAUCUUAUACCACGAAGAAAGGAACAACGUCAAUAAGGGUUUUCCGCGAUUGGCUGUUACUAGAGUCAACAACUUCCAGUCUGCUCGACACAAGAUCGUCCGAUCUGUCUCCGAAUGCGCAGAUCGUCCCAAAGUGUUUAGUAAUAGGCCGUGCAGUCUUCAAGGGCCUCGUUCGCAAUCGGAACAAAGUGUUAAAUAUAAAACAGCAGUGAAAGACAAUGGUUUUUCGGUGAAAGAUCUAAACGAUCAAAUAAUUUACUCUGCAAAUACGGAAAUUUUGUUAAAAAAUGACGGAAAUCAGAAACCAAAAUCGUGGCUAUGUUCAUCAAGCUCAGAUUUUACAGAUCAGGUGAAAUAUCUACCCAAGCCUAAUGUUUCUCGCUCUUUAGAUGGGCGUUACUUUCUUCCUCAAAAUGGUUUUUGGCGCGCAGUGACGUUAACCCCGGGUGAGAUUGACCUCAGAAAGCAGAAAGUGUAUCAGGAUGCUAAGCAAAGAAAAAUCCCACACCUAAAACACAAAGUGAACGUCAACUCAUUACCGAGAAGUAAUACACCAAUAACUGAUUAUGAUCCGGAUAGAUUAAAUAUGAAAAAUGUAGUCGCUUUCUUACAAAAGAACAAUGGUGAAUCAAACACAAAUUCUAAGACGACCAACCACGUAGCGACAAAAUCUCAAUCCGAACCUACGACCUCUCCACGUCGAACUGAAGUUACACCUUCUCCACAUAAGUUUAAAAGUGAUGUGAUCAAAAGAGACCGUUCUAGCCAUAGAGUUCGAAUCUCAGAGCCAGUGCCAAGUAUGGAACAACGAUUCAAAAAAUCAGAAAGCAAUUAUAGAAAACCAAAAGGUAAGGAAAAUGCGACUCGGUCGGUUCGCCAGUUUAGACUUCAUCGGUUUCUGACAAUGGCUGCCCAUGAUUCAGAUCAAACGUUCAACGAUUCUGUUGCGUCUAAAGCUUAUCCUGUAUAUAGUCCAAGGGAGAGACUUCGUAUUACUCCAAAAAAUGAUUCUCAAGAAAACACAAAUUGUAACCAAACUUUGUCAAGUGAUCAGCCUUCAACGGAAAAACUUGCUUCGGCCGAUGCUGUCAUUCGUUUACCAAAUAUGCUUGAUGAAGAACAUCAUGACGACGAUGAUUUCCCGAAUAAUGUUGACCUAUUGGAUGCGAUAGAAACAGUGGCUAAUGCACAGCGUGCUAACAGUGAUCAAUAUAAGAGGAAAGUAAGAAUUUCAGAAACCCGGGGCUUCACUAACGCAAAUGGUAAGGUGAAACUGUCUUUACGAAGAGAAAAGACUCUUACGAGAGAACAUACUUACAUGAGUGACCUGGCCGAAUCUCGAAAUCUCAAAUCCUGUUCACGCCAGUCAUCUAGUUUCAUCAGAAUCUCAAUCCUGUUCACUUUACAUUUGGUUAAGAGACCUUCUGUUUCUGUUGCUAAAGGAAAACUACACAGAUUGACAUUUCAUAGAAUGAUAGAAUGGGAGAUGUCAGAGAAUUGUCUACAGCUCGCGAACGAGAAAGUGGAGUCUUGCAUAGUAGUGAUAAUUCAGUGCUAUAUCAUGCACGAGAAUCUUUAA